UGCAAAACGGGUCAAAAGUGGUUUAGGCGGUUGUAUUUGUUUAUACACCAAUUUAUUAACCAUUAUUAAUUGUACAAACCGAAAACAACAUGCCCAUUAUAGUAAGGACACAAAACUCUGGCAAAUCUGAUUGGGCUAUUAUAGAGCUACAAGGCGAUCUGGAGGUGAGGAGCAACCAGGACAAGCAUGAUCAGUUUAUUGGCGAUCUCUACUACAAUAAAUAUGGCCAACCUAUUCUCAUCAUUGGCCAUCACAUCCUUCAGGGUCGCGAACAAAAGUUAGAUAAACCAUUUGCUGUGCUGGAAAAAUCAAAAAGCAAUGAAGGAGAACGACUCUUGGAUACGAGCAUGGCCUCUCAGGAUGUGAGCAUGCUGAAUGCCACGACGGGAGCAGAACGCACUGUGCUGGAUCACACGAUUGCCCAGGAGCACAAGAGUCGUCAGAGAACAGAGUACACCGUCCGCGCUGUUUGCACCAAGAAAUUAAUUUUUAAAUCGCGUCCCAAACCAAUUAUAGCCAAUGUUGCCAAGUCCGUUUAAGUGUCUUUUAAAAAUAUAGUUUUAUUCGCUUUUUAUGAUAAUAGAUUAAUAAGUAGACUAUUAAACAAUUUCCAUUU